GACGGGCAAAGCUCUAGCGUGAGGUUUCAGCAAGUGCUUGAGCAUUUUGAAAACCCGAAAGUAGCUCGAUAAACAACAAUUCAAAUUUAAGACGACGAAGGAGUGAUACAGACAGAAAUGGCGUUAGUAUUAAUGUGUGGACAGCCAUGCAGUGGUAAAUCAACGGCUGCUCAAUAUUUGAGCGGAGCACUUCAAUCUCAAUCAUUCAAUGUUCGUGUUAUCGACGAGUCCUCGCUGCAUAUCGACCGUAAUCAAGGUUAUGCUGGAUGUCAUCAAUAUCCUUAUUGAUGUGCAGGCACAAGGAUAUGGAGGUGUUCUCAAUGGUAUUAAUCUUGGUGAAGGGUUGCCAACAAUUAAUAUUCAGAGAACGGUUGGGCUACCUGAGCUGCGUCGCCUUCGCAGAACAUUUGUAAAACUUACAGGGCAGACUAGUUUGAGUGGUCCUCCUCCUCGCAUAGAUGCUCAAAGUGCAAAAAGAAUGUUUGCAGAUUAUUUGAACCAAGAACUGGGCACUACAUAAGCUUCAAAUUCUCUGUUCAUCUGUUGGCCUUGACAAUUGCAGAGUUCAAGAGCAAUGGUAGUUUGUUCUGCAGGUAAUUCAUGGAUUCACUUCCCGUACUUAUUUUGGCCUGCGUGAUGUUUCAUUUUCAAUUUACAGAGUGUUUUGGUCCAUAUGUGCACUUAUCUAUUGGGGAAUUUGUUUCUAAAGAUAUGUAAGAAGCAUUCUCUACCUUCUGCUUUGCAGUGCCAUGACUGCUCACCUUUAAGUGCAUGGGGUAUUUUAUAAGAUUAAUUGAGUAUUGUUUCCCCAACUAAAUUAUAUUUAUAUUCUUCUUUGUAAUGUGAUUUGUGGUCCUGUAUCAAUAUAAUGAGAUUGGGAAUUCGAUAGCCUUUUUUAACUUAAUGCAUGUCCAGUCAGACAAUCUUGUGACAUGCCUCCUAUGUCUAAUUCCUUGUUCCAUUCCUACAGGUAAUAUGUAAUGAUAUUAAUUAUGAGUGUAAAGACCUAAUCACCAUUAAAUUCUUUUGCUGGAAGUGUUUUCUUCCUGAAAUGUUAAUUUAAUAAUUUCUUAUAUUGUCAACUACUUUCUGAGAUAUAGUAUUACAUGUUCUGAUUA